ACUGCUGCGCCCCUUGGGUCGUUUUAAAUUUGCCUUUGAAACAUCACUGAAACCUUAAACAUCGUAAACUUAAACAACUGCUAGCUAUGGCAGAGGGAGACAACAAAAGCGCCAACGUAAUCGCCCAGGAGACGGCCCAGCUGGAGGAGCAGCUGCAGGGCUGGGGAGAGGUGAUCCUGGCUGGGGACCAGGUCCUGCGCUGGAAGAAACCAUGGUUCCCUGGAGCCCUGAUGGCAGCCACCACACUGGUCUUCAUGAUGAUCUACUACCUGGACCCCUCGGUGCUGACCGGCCUAUCCUGCACUGUCAUGCUGCUGUGUCUGUCUGACUACCUGGUGCCUACCCUCGCACCCCGCAUCUUCGGAUCCAACAAGUGGUCUUCAGAGCAGCAGCAGCGUUUCCAUGAGAUCUGUGGUAACCUGGUGAAGACUCAGCGUCGCAUCCUGGGCUGGUGGAAAAGACUCUUCUCACUCAAGGAGGAGAAACCCAAGAUGUACUUUGCGUCGGUGAUCAGCAGUCUGGUGGCGGUGGCCUGGAUGGGACAGCAAGUCCACAACCUCUUCCUCACCUACCUGAUUGUGAGUUUCCUGCUCCUGCUUCCUGGUCUGAACCAGCAUGGCGUCAUAAGCAAGUAUGCUGGCAUGGCCAAGAGGGAGAUCAACAAACUGCUGAAACAGAAGGAGAAGAAGAACGAGUAGAAAGAAAGGAGAAGAAGAGGGGAUCUGUGAGAUGAACGAGAGAGAAGAAAAUGAGAGGAAGGAGAAGCCCGUAGAUCAAACAAUAAAAGAAAAGCUUC